CUCGUCGUGUGAAAUGCAACUCCUGUCGAGCGGAGUAGAUGAGUUGAUGUUGGGGUUUAGCUUCUGUGAUGAGUCAACAGAUGUUCCAGAUUUUGGAGUUUAAAAGUUGAAAGAGAAGCCACCUAAACAUGAUAUCACAAUGAACAGAAGAAAGCUUGGGACAAGUCGAAGAAACAAAGGAAGGCAGCGUGUGAAGGAGCCAGAAACGGGGCUAGGUGUUGAAUCUAGAGAGGAUGUUCAGGAUGAGGCAAGGGGAAGUGAAUGUCCAGAUGCACAAAUGUCUGCUGCGAAGCAACCUAAAGAGCUGGAAGAAGUAGGUCAAGAGUGUGAUCAUAGCAUGGCUGCACAACAGGAGGCUUUCUUGGUCGGUACAGAUGGUAAAACUGAUGGGGAUAAAAUUGCCCUCUGUUCAGAAGACACUCGGCACAUUCUGAUUUCCAGAGAUGUCAAUACACCUUUUACAGAGGAGACUAAGCUGGAAGAUUACCGUACUAACACUCAUCAGAAUGAAAAAUUCAGCCAAAAUCUGUACGACCAUCUCCCUGAGGUAACCAGUUAUACGACAUCGAAUCAACAAAUGAUUGAACAGGGACAAGAUAUCAAUCUUUGUUCUGUGGCAGAGUCAUACAGCAUCAAGCUUGUAUACCAAGACUUGUUCAGGCCAGAUGGGUUUCUACAGGAUAACUUCUCAGUAAGCGAAUUAAAUGUUAAUACACCUAUUACGCCACAGAUAACUGCAGAUAAUGCUCAAAGAGAAAACAUCCCAAUUAUUGAUGGCAUUAACCAAGAUGCUUUUUUAUUGCAAAAAGAGACGUUGCUUACAAGUAAAGAUGGCAACACCCAGUGUUCAGAUGAGGUUGAAUAUCAUGUUUACCGUAAAAAUAACCUGACACAAGUGCAAAGUGAGCAUCAAAAUGAAAACUCUGCUGAAGAUCCCUUAAAAGACGAAGAAUGUAAUUCUUACUCUGAAAAACAGAUACUUGAAUCUGAUACUUGCCAAAGUAUGCUUCCAGUUAGCACUACAGUCAAAACGGAUAUUUCGAACACAGCAGAAGAAAUUUUUCUAGGUCAGAUGGACCGAACUGGAAGUUUUUUGGAAGAUAACAGACAAAUUGUAGAAAAGGUUCACACUGAGAAAGCCCUUUCGGAGAAUAAAAGGAACAAAUCAUUUGUUCCAAAUCUUGAGUCAGACUUAAAGGCUUCUACCGAGCCCCAACUACAGGAUAGUUCUCAGACCACAGAUGAGCAUGCCGAGUCAGACUUCAGCUUUAAUGCAACAAAAAGAAAAAUGGGAUCUAGCUUUAGAAAUGAAGGAAAAUGGCAUGCAAAAGAACCUGAAGAGGAAACUUAUGAAAACACUUGGACCAAUGCACCUCAAGUAUUUUCAAAAGUAAAGGAAACAGAGCAGGAAGAACUCAGUGUUGACACUGCUGACAUGAACAUGUCUCUUUCACAAAAAAGCCUGGUGUCUUUUUCUUUAGUGCCCUCAGGUAUUUCUUCUGAAGAUCUUGAUAAAAACUCGCAGAUAAUGAAAAGUGAAAAUCCUCAAAAAGGUCAAGACGAAACUAGUCCACUGGCAUUGUUUGAAGUGACUGAGAACUCAGAUGUCUCACAGCAUGAGGUGGAUCAAUCUUAUACUCUACACAGUCAGGAUAUGAUAAAUUGCCAAUCAGAAAAUGUUCUGAGGAACCUGUUUCAGGAGAUCAAAAAUGAAACAGAGGAUGAUAUGAAACGUAGCACAGACCAAAUAUUUCACCAGGAGAAACACCCUGUUUUGUUAGAAUUCCAGCCUCUAGAAGCUUUUAGAAGUGUAAAUGAACAAUCCAAUGAAGGCUCCAACCAAGCCUUUUACAGCAGUGGCAACAGAAGGAAACUGGGGUCUAGCCGUAAAAUUAAAGAAAAGCAACAAGAAAAAGACUCCAAAGAAAAAUCCAGAUAUGAAAUAAACACACACAUGUUAGAUAAAGAGAAAAUGAGCUCUGAGGCAAAUAUUUAUACAGAAAAUGAAGAGGUUUUGAUUCCAGAGGGUGUUAAAAUCCCAGAACAUCAGUAUAAAUCUGAAACUGAAAUGAAUAUGGAGUUUCCUGACAAAAAAUGGGAGGAUACCUCAGAAUGUCAGUCUGGCACCUUUAAGAGCAAAUCUGGGAUUCACCAAACCAAGGAAGGUGAAGUUCCUUAUUCAGAAGAUAAUGAGAGACAAGGUCAAGUGCACAAGGCCCUGCAAACGCAGGGACAAGAACCUCAACAAAUGAAUUACAUUGUUUAUGGUCAGAUGGGAGAAGGCAGAGUCUGUUUGGAAGAUCCCAAAAACUAUUCUGCUCACCCGCAACUUCAGGACAAUUCUCUGAGCACAGAUAAGCAAACUGAUGUGAGCAGAAGAAAACUGGGCUCGAGCCGGAGAAAAAAAGCAAGGCAACAAGUUAAAGAGCCUGCUACUGAAGUGUUUGAUAGUACAGGAGGUGAUCAAAUACAGGAAACAGCUUCAAUGUUAAAGGAAGAACUAAGCCAAAAUAAUGAACCAAGGAUUCCCGAAACUGAUUUACAGGGUUUGAUAGUGAAAUGUGAAAAUCUUCAGGAACAUCAUUAUGAAAACAGGUUAGACAGCAAAAAUACAGUGAAAGUCUCACAGCGAGGAGUGGAGGAAAUUGACACUCUUUGCAACAAGAACACAACAGAUGCUGUUGCAGUGGAUGCUCCUAGGGAGGUGGUGGGAGUGGAGAUGGGAAAUUACUCGGAUGCAAAAGAUGAGACAAAUCAAGAUUCUGUUUAUUGUUGUACCAAUAAACCCCAAAUCAAGGAUGUAAACACAAAAGGAGUUGCCUCAAAUGAUUUUGAAGAGUUCAAAGGUGGAGAAGAGUACGGAUUACAACACAUUAAAUCACUCACCUCUUAUCAAGUUAUUCAUAAGGACAAAAAGGGAUUUUCCAGUGAGCUGGAGGAAAUCAAAGUUGUUCCAUCAAACAUCCUGUCAGAAAUAGAUUAUUUUGACUCCAGGCCUCAGGAGAUGCCUGAUACUGUAGAUGAACAGACCAAGACAAGCUUUGAAAGCAGUGACCACAAUAUAAAAAAAGAUUACAGCCAAAGUAGUGAAGGAAGACAGCAUGAUGAAAAAUCUGAAGAUGUAAAGGAAAAGUCCAAGGAAGUCCAAAAUUUCGUUUCAACACAAAUAUUAUCAGAAUCAAAGACUGUAAACCAGGAAGAACUCGGACAUGACGUAGAGCGUGAUGUCUCACCGGUGUUAAACGACAGCUCAGUGUUCACCCCUGGUGAUUUAUCUGAAAUUCAAAGCUUUCCUGAGAACGACCUGGUAAAUUCUACUUCUGAAAAUGUAUAUUUCACAAAAUAUCAAGAAAGAUCAGAAACAGAGGGAAAUGCUUUGGUGGAUGCAUCUGAGAUGCUACAGAGUCAAAAAUGCAACAGUCCUGAAGAUUCAUAUGAUACUAUAAAACAAGCCCAAAACUAUACAGAUCCACCAACAGACAUACAACAAAGUCAGCAAAUGGACAACUGGUCUGAAAUCGUGGCACACAAUGUUUCUAGAUAUCAAGUAACUGUUUUGGAAGACAUGAUUGAUCAAGCUGAAAUCACCAGCAGUAUCCAAUCAGAGCUCACAGUGAAAAGUGAUGAUUCUGAUACAAAACUUGACCUUCUACCUGAAAACCAGCAAUAUCUGUGUUUCACAACAGAGGGAAAUGAAGAGGCUGUAGUACCGACGACUGAUGACCAUCUGUGUGAUUCAAAGGAAACGUUGGCCAGCAGUGUAGUUAGAGUAAACAAUGCCCUUGGUCAUAUGGACAAAGGUGGGAGCCAGGUACAGAAUAUUGAACACAAUCAUGCUGAUGCCACAGUCGCGGACAGUUCGCUCAGUACAGAUAAGCAAACUGAGGUGGGCUUCAACUACAGUGGAAGCAGAAAAAAACUGGGGUCUAGUCGGAGAAAUAAACAGAGAAAAGAAUAUACACAGGAAACUUUAGAAACUACUGGAACAGAAGAAACCAUUGAUACAGCAACACUGUUGUUUGACACAAAGGCAACCAGGCAAGAAGAAUUAAGUAAAGAUAAUGAGGAUGAAGUUACCUUGUCUGCUUCACGUGACUUAUCCAUAAUUCCUGUUCUGUCUUCUGAGGAUCAAAGCUCUGUGGAAACUAAAGGGCCUGACAAGCACCUGAAGACUUUGAUUGUAGUAUGUGAAAAUCUUCAAGAAGAUACAAAUGAAAGAAACUCAAAUGUUUUGUCUCCAGAUCAAGAAAAAUCUGUGGAUUUAUCACUGAGUAAAUAUAAAGCUAUCCACUGUGAAGAUACAAGAGAUGUUGUUUUACAGGAAACUGUGAUGAAAGACCAAGAAGAAAAAGAUUGUUUAAUAACAGAAAAAGACCUACAAAUCUGUCUACGAAUCCCACAUUCUUCUGAAACGGCUUCAGACGAUACCACUAAAAAUGCUGACAUGUAUGGAAGUCUGACUGAUCAAGGUGAAAUGUCUCCACUCACAGAGAAAAGCACUGAUAGUUUUACAGCAAAAGAGGAAGAACAUCCUGAAAAAGAGAUAAUCUCAGAGAUAUUAGAUCUAAAAAAUGAAGAAAUGGUUCAGAAUAAUAACAAAAACAAAGAUGAUGAUAUAUUCCUUCACGACAAAGAAGAACCCCUCUUUGAAAAGGAGGAAAGCAAACCUAUUUUUUCAAACAUUGAACCAGAAAUAUUUUCUUUGUAUCCCCACACAGAAGAAACCUCUAAGAGUGUUGAUGAGCAUUUUAACACAGACUUUUCCAAUUGUACAAGUGGACAGAAAGUGUCAGCAACACUGUUAUUAUCAGAUGUAAAAACGGACACAGUUGAGGAACAAAGACAAGAUGUGGAGCAGAAUAUGACAUUAUUGGUUUCUAAUGAAAACUCCACUCUGUCUCCUCCUAGUGAUUCAUCUAAGGUUCAAAGUGCUGUGCAAAACAUCUAUCCUGAGACUGACCUGACAAGUUUAAUUAAAGAAGAUAGUUUAGAGAAAGUUGAUAAAUCAGAAAAAUAUAACGUUGACUUAUCUCAUAAAUCAGAGGAAGACUCUUUCGUGGAUAAAACCGACUUUGUUAAAAUUAAAGGUGAGACUCUCCAGACAAAUCAAAUCACAGGUCCCAAUGACUUAGAAACUGCUAGAAAACAAUCUCAUGACAAUGAGGACCAACCAACAGACAUAGCAAGAAGUGAGCAAAAAGAAGUGGCCCAUGAACUUCCUAAAUAUACGGAAAAUAACUUAAAAGAAAUAAUUGAACAGGUUGAAAUAAUCAGCAGUAUCCAGUCAGACUUUGAAGUGAAAAGUAAUGAUGGUUCUGAUACAAAACAGGAACUUCCACAUGAAGUCCAACAAAAUCUGUGUUUCAAAACAGAAGCAAAUGUGGAAACUUUAGCUCAGACAAAUAAGGAUGAUCAUCUGUAUGAUUCAAAGGAAGGAUCAAUCAGCAGCCUGGCUGAAGAGAACAAUACCUUAAGUCAGACGAAUAAAGAUGUGAGUCUGGUACAGGCAACUGAACACAGUCUUACAGACCCAAAACUCCAGGAUAGUUCUUUCAGCACAGAUGAGCAAACUGAUCUGGGCUUCAGUGGGAUCAGAAGAAAACUGGGGUCUAGUCGGAGAAAUAAAGGAAGACAUGAUGUUAAAGAACCUACACAGGUGACUUCAGAAAAUACCUUAAGAGACAACCCUCUCCAAACCUCAAUGCCAUUGGAAAAGAGUGGAGCCGAGCAGGAAGACCUGACUGAGGACAUUGAACACAAAAUUAUCCUGUCUCUUUCACAGGACUUAUGCUUAAUGCCAUUGCACGUUAUGUCUUCAGAGGAUUCGAACUGUGUGUUAAAAAAAGAUCCCACUUGUAGAGAUGGCAGUGAGAGCAGGUUAGAGGUUGAAAUGAUUGGCAAACCAAUAAAUGUUGUAGAACUAGAGGAGGGUCAAUUUGACACUAUUCAUUGCAAAGUCACCAAAGAUGCUGGAUCAGACGAUGCUUUUAGGGAAGUAGAGGAUGUCAGGGUUCACCAAACAGAAAUGCAAGAUACCCUGCAAUCCAAAUGUUAUUCUGAUAUUACUGCAGAAAAUAAGGGCAUUAUUCCUGAAAACCUGGCAGAUCCAGCUGAAAUGUCUGAGCUCACUGUGAAAAUAACUGAUGGUUCUGCAACCAAAGAGGAAGUAUAUCAUAGAAAAGAAAACUACCCAGAGGCCAUAGAUGUAAAAGAUAAAGAAUCUGACCUCUAUGAUCUCAAUAUACAACAAAUCACCAACUUGGGAAAAGGUGACUCUGCUCCAGAUGAGAUGGUUAAGUUAAAUGGCAAGAUGGAAGGAGAAAGCUCCAUGCAACCUGACGUUGACCCAAAAUGUUUAAAUAUAGAAAUUAAUUCAGAGAGUCAAAAUAAAUUAGAUAUAGAUGUUAUUUUAUCUCUUCAAUCAGGGGAUGAUUCUUUAUUGGAUAUAUCUGACUCUCUGGAAAGUGAAGAUCACACUUUUUGUAAUAAAGUAGUCAUAGGUACUGAACAUGAGAGCUCAAUGCAUUUCGACCCCUCUCUGGUUCAAUCGUUAGAGGUUCAGAGUUCUAUGCCAGAUAUCUAUCCUGAGAAUGGUCGAGAGAAUUUAAUUCAAGAAGUAGAAGUAGAGGAGUAUCCUGGUCAAUCAUGGGAGAAUUCAGAACAUCAGUCUGACACGCUUCACAGUGAAUCUGGGAUUCUUCAAGCCAAGAAUCGAGAUAAUGAUGAGGGACAAGGUCAACAACACGAGGCAAGAACACAAGUACAACAACCUCAUCAAAUGGAUCACAUUGUUUAUGGUCAGGUGGAAGAAGGCAGACUCUUUUUGGAGGAUUCCGAAAACCAUUCGGCUAACCCCCAACCUCAAGACAAUUCUCUGAGCACAGAUAAGCAAACUGAUGUUGGUUUUGGUUUCACUGGGAGCAGAAGAAAACUGGGCUCUAGCCGGAGAAACAAAGGAAGGCAACAAGGUAAAGAACCUCCAGAAGAAGUGUUGGAAAGUAAAAGAGGUACAGUAACACUUGAAAGACCAACAGUCCCAUCACAAAUAGGGAGAGCAGAGCAGGAAGAAAUGAAGGAAGACACCAAGCAUGUAAACAUAUCUGUUUCACACGAUAAUAUCUCGAUUUGUUCAAUUCCUCCAGUUAUGUCCUUUGAAAAUCAGAGCUCUGUGUUAUCAAAUUAUCCUGAAAAAGAUUUGCAGAGUUUAAUUCUGAAAAGUGAAAAUCUUGAAGAGGAUCUAAAUGAAAGAAAGUCACCUGCUUUUGCCCAAGAUGAGGCAAAAUCAGCGGAUGUGUCAAUAGAUGAAUCAGAUAGUUUUAACAGAGGAGAUCACAGUAAUACUGUGUCAGACAAUGGGAAGGAAAUGCUUGAAGCAGUGAAAUCAACACAAAUUCAAGAAAGCAUACAAACAUGUUCAUAUAAUGAUUUUAAAGGUGAUGCAACUGAACAUCUUGACAUUACUUCAGAAAAUCCAACUGACCAGGCUGAAUUAUCUGAGCACAAAACUAACAUUGUUGAUGAAAUUGAAAUAAAAGAAGAAUCAUACUCUUCAGAAGAAAUCAACUCAGAUGUUCAUGAACUUAAAAAUGAAGAAACAGCCCAGCAUGAUGUAAGAACGAACACUGAUGAAAUAUUUCAUCAGGACCAGGAACAUCUCUUAUGUGAAACAGGGUACAAAACACUUGGUUUGUCAAACUUUCCAUCAGAAAACAUUUUCUUAAACCUCCAGCCUCAGGAAUUGUCUGAGAGUGUAGACAAUCAAACCAAAUCAGACCUCCAUAGCAGUGGCAGCAGGAGAAAACUGGGGUCCAGUCGUAGAAAUAAAGGCAGGGUUAAGGCAAUAGAUUCAGCUGCUUUAUCACACGAUCAAACUAUGAAGGGCGUUGACAUUAAUGCAAGUAUAAAUGAAAAAACAAAAGGUAGAGAAGCACCUGACCAGGAAAAAUCAAUUGAAACAGUGCUGGAUGAAUUGGAGGAAAAGUAUUCUUCUAUUUGCAUAACAGGCAUUCAGCCAUCCCCCACUGUUGACCACAAGGUUAUUGACACAUCAUGUUGCACACAGAGUACAGAUAGGGAACCACCCAAACCUCUCAGCAUAGAUCAUUAUGAAUGCAGAGAGCUAUGCAUGCAAGAUGAUAGUCUAAAGGAAAGCAUUUUGUCAUCUGAACCACAUGCAUGUCCCCCCACAACAGAAAGGUAUGCCGAGAAAAGCAGGAGCACAGAACCUGAAAGCAGGGAUGUGGGUACGUUUGAGAAAGUUCUUAAACAGCAUACCAAGCCUGCACAGAACCAAGGCAUGUUUCGAACAAUUGAAAAUGAGCGAGAUGGAACAGAUGGAAAUCAUGAUGAUUAUUCCAGAAAUAUGUUUGAACAUGCAGAAACAAAGGUAACGGAUGAUGACGCUGAAAUAUUGAAGCCUAAUGCCCCACCAGAAAAAGCCAUAGAAAAACCGAGAAGCAUGUACCUUGCUUCAGUUGAUUACAGCAUUGGGCAUGGUGCAGUGUCAUCACCACAAGAGAUGUGUUCUACUGAUGGGGGGAAAGAUAGGCUUAUAGCUGCAGAAACUCAUAAUUUUAUAGAUGUGGAAAGCAAAGAACAGAAAGAGCAGGCUAAAAAUGAACAAAUGCAGGAAACACAUCAAGUCUCACUUCAAAUAGAUGAAUGUCAUGUACAAACACGGCCAUCAGAUAAAGAAGUUGAGUCUCUCAAACAAACACAGCAGUCAGAUAAAGAUGCUACUUUGGACUCUCAACCAAAGGACGCUUAUCAAAGCCUCAAAGAUGAUGCUCACUCAGGGCCCACAGCAUCAGCGUACAAGAGGAAACUGGGGUCAAGUAGGAGGCAUAAAGGCCGAAAAAAUAACCAGGUUACUGAAAAAAAUGAAGAAACUGAAAAUGAAGCUCAAGAAAAUACAACAUACGAGGAAACUGCACAAAUGUUAGCAGCACAAGAAGAGGAAAUAGAAAAGGAAAUUCUGUCUGAAAACCUGGCGCCAUUUAGACUAACUGAAAUACUGCUGAAAGACAACAUAGUUUCUUCACAUGAUGUUCUGGAGGACAGCACAAGUGUAACGUCAGGUUAUAAUCCAAACUCAAUCCAAGUGAACCUUAGUAAAUCCAAUGCAGAAGAAAAAGACAAAGAUGUAAAACUUACUGAUGGGAAUAAUGACUCAAUUCAGCUUACAGGACAUGACACAAACAAAAAGAGUUUGAUGCAAUCAACUCAGGGUUCUGUUUGGAUAGUUGGCUCAGAUAUGCAGAAUACCUUAUUUCAUAAUGAUAUUAUCAGCCCAGAACCAGAAAAUGUGCAUGUCAUUGUUCAUGAAGAAGCCUUACAGAGACAAAACAGAGACACUUCUUCUGAAAAAGCUCCACCAGGAAGAGGGUUCCAUUUGCAAAAUACAAACAAAGAGAUAGAAACAGUUGGAUUUGUAACAACAGAAGACUGCAUUUCAGAGGUGGAAAGCUUAAUGGAUGUACACGAUCUUAAGCAGGAUGAAGAGGGAAAGAAGUGUAUGCAUGAAGCCCAAGAGAAAAAUACUUCAAAUGAGUGCAUUUCUGCUUCGCAGGAGCCAGCUGUGGAUGAAUCUAACAAAGAGGGGAUUUCUGCAACGGUAAAGGCACCAAACAGCCAAGGAGAAAACCCUCAGUUAACAUUGAAACAGAAGAAGAGAAAGCUUGGAUCUUCUCGUAGGACUCCAUUGAACAGAAAACGAGAGGAUGAGACACAAACAACUGAUGAGACAGAAGAAAGGGACUUUAGCACAAAAACAGAGAUGGGGAAUCGUGGCGAGUUGGAAGGUGAGGGGGAAGUACCUUUAAAACUAGAGGUAUUACAAGGUGACGAUAUGCAGCCACAACAAGAAACUUUAAUGCAACAAGAAAUCAGUGAUAGUCUCCAGACCAAUAACAAUGACAUUUCUUUCUCUUCUGAAAAAUCUGCCAUCAUAGAUCCUAUUAUAGAAACACCAAACCCAGAUGGCUUUAAAAGUACUGAGAUUCAAAUGACCCCUGAGCUGGUGGAAAGAAACAGUUGUUUUUUUAAUCAGCCAAUGACUUCAAACAAUGACACCCAAGGGGGGAGUCCAGAGGUAUUAUGUGAACUGCCACAGAAUAAACAAGGGGAUGAGCAGAGUCCGCAGAACGUGGAGGUAAAACAAGUCCAAGAUAUUCAAAAACAAUCUCCAAGUAGAAAGACUGAAGGCAUUCACACUCAAAAUCCUGGGAUAGAAAACACAAGUCAGGAUUUAAUUCCAACGAACAGGAGAAGAAAAAUGGGCUCUACUCGUAAAAAUCUGGGAAUACAAACUAAACAGGAAAUCUUUGAACCGGAAAAUGGGUCAGCAGAGAUUGUAACAUCUUCCAGAGAUGUAACAGUGUCUAGUGACUCGGGAAAGAAAGAAACAGAACCACAGCUACACACUGAACACAUAGAUGCCAACUCUCAGCAAGGAAAAGAGAAAGAAACUCUGGAAAUCAGCCAGUUUGGUGAGUCUUUAUUAAGAGCUCUAGCUGAAGAUAAGGCUGAAGAAAAUUCUAUCUCAGAAGAGCAAACAGCAGAGGCAGAACAACAGGAAAAUCCAAGCGGACUGCCACCCAGCCCUCCCACGUCAGAAACUGCCUCUGGAGGGAGGAGGAAAAAAUUUGGAUCAAAUCGAAAGUCAGGGUUACAACAAAGAAAACCAGAGAAAACAGCAGAAAAUGAAGAUGAAGCCAGGGGGAUCACAGAAGGAGGUGCACACAAGGCAACUGAAAGAGAUGAAUCAUCAGGCCUGAGCAAGAUAUCAGAGGUUGAUGAAAAUGAGGGGAAAGUAUCUCCUUGCACUAAUCUCUCAGAGACUACAGAGUUUCCCAAGCCUGUAAGGGACAAGACACCAGGGACUCUUGUUCAUGGUAGUAUCCAAUUGAAUGAAGAGGCUGGGACUUCGCUUUCAUUUGGUACUACUAGUGGCACAAAUAAAUCAGACUGUUACAAUGUGGUCAUGGUUGGAGAAAGCUGCGUUGGGAAAACUUCCUUCAUGAAAAGAGCUCAAAGUGGAAAAUUUUCUUUAGAUUUGCCUGCCUCCGUUGGCCUUGAUUCCUGCAAGUGGACUGUGGUAGUAGAUGGAAAACCUGUGGUUCUACAGUUAUGGGAUACAGCAGGUCAAGAAAGGUUUCACAGCAUCACCAAACAAGUAUUUCACAAAGCCCAUGCUUUCCUCUUGAUGUACGACAUCACUUCCUCUCAGAGUUUUUCAGCCGUCAGCUACUGGGCAAACUCCAUCCAGGAAGCUGCAGCAGAAGACGUGACUGUUCUGCUCCUGGGAAACAAAAGUGAACAUGCAAAGCGACAAGUUAAAACAGCACAGGGGGACAUCCUUGCUAAGGAAUAUAACUUUGAAUUCAUGGAGUGCAGCGCAGCAACAGGAGAAAAUGUUAUUGAGGCUUUAGAAACUGUGGCCAGGAUGCUGAGUCACAGAACUGACCUGCUGAGAGAGGAAGUCACAGUGUUACACAAAGAGCCGACAAAGAGAAGAUCAAAAUGUUGCUGAACCGAUGCGUUUGUUUCACCAAGCAAGAGACAUCCUGCCAAUACUGGAGAUCAUUUCCUGAGGGAAACUCAUACGGAAACAAAAUGUAUAUAAAGUUACUAUUACUUUGAUUCCUCUUUAUUAUUUAAUCUAUAAAGGUACUUUUAUUCUGAAACAGAGAAGUAAAAAAAAAAGUAUGCGUUUAAAAUGUGUUUGUUUUAACACCAUCUUUAUAAAUCAG